AAACCAACAAAUCUGGUUUUGGUUUUUGGUUCAUUAUGUUAAUAGAACCCAGACAUUUGUUCAUUUGCUAUUUCCCAUCUUUUGAUCAUACUGAUUUUUAUUUUAUCUUUUAUUUUCAGAAGGAGUUUUGGAACACCUAUACAAAAGCACAACAAGGAGAGAGUAACAGAGGAAGUGACUGGUUUCAGUUUUACCUUACCUUUCCAUUAAUCUUUGGUCUCUUCAUUAUCCUUCUUGUCAUUUUUCUAAUUUGGAGAUGCUUCCUCAGAAACAAAACUCGCAGACAGACAGUAACUGAAGGCCACAUUCCUUUCCCACAGCACCUUAAUAUUAUCACUCCACCUCCCCCAGCAGACGAAGUGUUUGAUAGCAGUGGAUUGUCACCAGGCUUUCUGGAAUAUGUAGUUGGGCGCUCCGAUUCUGUCUCCACUCGCCUAUCCAACUGUGAUCCCCCACCCACCUAUGAGGAAGCCACUGGCCAGGUGAACCUCCGGAGGAGUGAAACAGAACCUCAUUUAGACCCACCCCCAGAGUAUGAGGACAUCAUUAAUUCCAACUCAGCCAGUGCCAUUGCUAUGGUGCCUGUGGUCACCACCAUCAAAUGAAACUGCAACCUUCUUUUUACUGUAAUCAUUUUUAAAAUACUAAUGAAAGAACUUUCUAGCACUUUACCACUACAUAAAUGCGCAUUGACUUAUUUUAUUGGACUCUGACAGCAUACCACUUUACAUUUUCUGAUUUGAUUUUCAUUAGUUUUGUUUCCUACUAUAAAAUCAUUAUCCAUGCUCAUUAUCUCUAAUGGAAAUAUGUGAAGAGGGAAAAAAUCUUAGUGGAGGUCUUCACGUGAUGUGAUGAGACGUGUAUCAGCCCAGUAUACGUGCAAGUGUCUUAAAAAGCCAUUAACUUCUGUCUAAAUCACCUAUAAAGAAAAUAUUACUCUCCAAAAUUGGGGGUGGGGGGAGACACCAACAAUUUGUGUAAUAGCCACAUGCUGUUGAAUUUUGAAAAUAAGAUGAACUUAGCAUGUUUUCUAAUUCUUCCUGGAUUUUGUUGACAUCCCUUUUUCUUCAACUACCUUAAAUAAAUGCAUGUAUUCCAUCUUGAUUUUAGGAACAUCUCAGAAACAGAGAAGGAAGGCACAAAUAAAGGAUACUUUAUUUAUAGCGUAUAGCAAGAAUAUCAUUGGUCAUUAGUGACAUUUGGCUAGUUUUGGAGGAAGGAUUUUGUUGUUGACUGCCUUUCCCCACCCGCUCACCCCCAAAUUAAACAGUGUUGCUUAGUGUCUUUGAAUGUCUCAUGCUAUUUGUAUUAACAUCUUGGUAGAGAGGAUUUCCUGGUAACAUAAUAGUUUCUAAAGUAGUUAUAUGUAUUAAUGACAGGGAAUAGAUACAGAUUUCUCCUUUGCUCAUUUGUGACAAAAUUAUUUUCUUUUUGCUAUUUUAUUGCCUUUUACUCUACUGUCUACUCCCUCUCCUACCACCACAGAAUCUAUAAGAACCUAAGAAUUUAGUUAAAAUUCUUGAAAUUAUUUUCUUAGUUUUUGUAUAGACUGGAGUCUUUGCCUCAAGAUGCUUAGGAGGCGUUUUUCCAUUAAAUUAAGAACUGUGAUUUUAUAUUGCUCUUCAGUUGGUGGGGGAAAACUGCAAAGUCUGUGUUGUGCCAGGUGCACAAUAAAUCUGUUAUAGUUUUACCUAGAUCUCAUUAUUGUUGCUCUUUCGUUUUGUAUUUUCAUCAUUUUUUUUUUUAAGUGCAGGAUUUUUCUUUCUUUUCCCGUGGAGUAGAGGGAACAGGCUAUGAAUUAACUGCCAACAUAAACUGGCUCAGAAAGAAGUUGUUUCAUAUAAAGUUCCAUUAUGUAUGCACUGAUGGAAAAUUUACUAUAUUGGUCAGGGAAAUGGCUGUGCCACUCCCAAGCCUCCUUAGUGUUGGAGAAAAUGGUUAAUUGAGGCAGAAGGAACACAGGUUCUGGAAGCAUCAGCCAUAUCCUGCUGCCUCCAUCUUCAUCCCCACAGGCCCCUCUCCCAAUCCUGCCCUAGAACCCCAAAAAGGAGGAAUGCUGGGGGGAAACCCUGAACUAGGACUCAGAUGACCUGAAUUCUCAUCCUGUUCUGUAAAAAAGGUACUUGCCACGGUGCUCUGGGAAAGGCCCAUAUCUGCACCUCAGAUUCCUUAACUCUGAAACGGAUAAUGUCAUUUGGCCUGCCCAUCUCCAGGGGCUUUAAAAGGAUCUAAUGAGGUGGUGUGUAUGAAAGUGAUUUGUAAGAUGUGAAGAGCUGCCUACGUGUGAUGUCAUAGCAUUGUUCUUACUGUGCUUCAGGGAGAAUUUUCUCCGUUUCCCUAAAAUGUAUCAGAGCUUUCACAUAGUGAGAACUAGAGGAGCCGCUCCAUUAAUGGCUAACAUGCUCCUGAUCUGAGUAUGUGGGCUGUAUUAUACUUCUGUCCCUCUCUGGUCUAUACCAAUGCUGUGCCAGUUCAAGAGAUGACAGCCAGCUUAGCACAAACAGGAUUUAGCAGAUGUUGGAAAGGGAACUAAGAUGUAUAUGUUUAGUUAAUAGGUUUUGUAGCUUUCAUGAACUAAAAAUUAAUAAAUCUUGACCCUGGUCUCAGUUGAAAUGACUAUUAUUUUGAAUUUGACUGUGAGCACAUGGUGACUUUUGGCUUCUUACAGCUAAAAAUGGGAGUGUUUGAUCCAGUGACUUGUGUGUGCAUGUAUGACUAUUUUGGUUUAUUUUUAAAGGAAAAUUAAGGUUCCUUUUGUGUGGAUUUUUUUUUGGUCAUUAACAUUAGGCCUUAGAUUAAACCAGCAGUUUUUAAAGUGUGCCUGGCCCAUGAACCCCUGGGAGUCCUUGAGAGCCUUUCAGGGCACCUGUGAGAUCAAAACUAUUUUCAUAAUAAUACAAAGGCAUUAGUUGUCUUUUCACUCCGUGUCUCAAAAAGUAGUUGAAAGUGUAAAACAAUGCCAUUUCCCACAAAUCUUUUUUCUGUUUUAGGAAAUACAGCUAUUUUCUUAAACAUGUUAUUUAUGUUAGCAUGUAAUAAACUUUAAUUUUUGAAUACUUAAAUUUUUUUUCAGUUUUAUUUUCUAAUAUGGCAAAUAUUGAUGGAUAUAAACUAUAUAAACAAAAGCUCUUUAACAUCCAGGUCUCUAAUAAAUUUUAAGGAGUGUAAAGGGGUCUGGAAAUCACAACUUUUAGAAUUACAGGAGAAAGCAGGAUAUUCUAUUACUACGUAUAUAUUCUUGCAACUUUAUUUUAUAUUUUAAAGUCCUGAUACUGGAUUUAAUGCUGCCUCUUAGAGAUACCUGCAUUACAAUAUGAGAAUGGAUGUUGGUUCUUGAAGCAAAGGCCAAAUGCUUAAUCUAAUCAAUGGCUACAGCUUUUUCACCUGUUGGUCAAAGAAAACACACCACUCUGUAGUGAUAACUGACACCAGCCAUAGAUCUCAUGGCAGCAUUCAUGGGAUAAUGACAGGAUAAACAAAAAUACCACUUUCUUCAAGAAACAUUCUCUUAGGUUUGGUUUGUUUGAUUUUGACUUAGUUUUACAUUUUUCAAAACCCUUUUGCUGCCCCAUCUGGUUUUAUAAACUGAGUUUCUUAACAUUUGUUAUAAUUAAAGGGGCUCGUCUGGAAUAAUAUGUAUUUUUUAUGCUUUUGCCUUUCUUACAUGAUUGAUAUUACAUUCACCUUUGGUCAUUUUUAAGAAAGGUUUAUUUUUGCAGACAUAUUUAGUACCUUUCUUAAGCAGUAACUAAAUUGAAUCAACCAGUUUGCAUUUAAAUGAGACACUGGGCUUAAUGGUCUUCCAGUGGAAUGAUUUCCAGGCCUCCACAUGCAGUGGCUGUGUCUGGAAUCCUACAACUGGCACUUUGCCUUUCUGCUUGGAAUUAUAUCUGUUUAAAGUGAAUUAAAGGAUUUCUUUUUUUUUACUGACCAGUACAAAUACAAAUGCUGUGUUUGAUUGAUUCAUUGUUAAUGAUGACUUCAAGAUUGAUGAUCUGAGACAAUAACUUGGUUCUGUGUAAAUAGCAUGUAUUUUAUUACAAUUCACAUUUUUAAACACUUGGUUUACAUUAAAUUAUGGUAUUUAACUAUUUUUAUGUUUAUACUAGGUAAGGUUUUUCUUAUGUUUCUGUGUUUUUGGUAUGCUAAAUAAAGCUAUUUUUAAACCCAA